CUUUUGGGAGGUCCUUGAGGCCGCCGAGGUCGUUGGUGUCUGUUGAACGGCUUGUGGAAGUCGUGCUGCCUUGUGUAGGGAGUUAAAAGUCGUUCUUGAGAGGAACGUCUCUGUCCGGAGAGAAAAUGAGUUUAGCUCUGAGAAAUGAGCUUGUAGUAGACAAAACAAAGAGAAAAAAAAGAAGAGAACUCUCUGAAGAACAGAAACAAGAAAUUAAAGAUGCUUUUGAACUAUUUGACACAGACAAAGAUGCAGCAAUAGAUUAUCAUGAAUUAAAGGUGGCAAUGAGAGCCUUGGGGUUUGAUGUAAAAAAAGCUGAUGUACUGAAGAUUCUUAAAGACUAUGACAGAGAAGCCACAGGGAAAAUCACCUUUGAAGAUUUUAAUGAAGUUGUGACAGACUGGAUAUUGGAGAGAGAUCCACAUGAAGAAAUAUUGAAGGCAUUCAAACUAUUUGAUGAUGAUGACUCAGGUAAAAUAAGCCUGAGGAAUUUGCGACGUGUUGCCAGAGAAUUGGGUGAAAACAUGAGUGAUGAAGAACUUCGGGCUAUGAUAGAAGAAUUUGAUAAAGAUGGUGAUGGAGAAAUAAAUCAAGAGGAAUUCAUUGCUAUUAUGACUGGUGACAUUUAAAGAAUUACAAGGAUAAACACUAAGAAUGUUGCAGUUAUCAUCUUAUAUUCUAUUUUUGUGCCUGGAGCCAUGUUAAAAAAAAACCCAACUUAGUUCUUUUUUCCAGAAGGACCAAAAAUAAGCAUCUCACGUUCAUAUUUUACUACUGUCAAGUUUCUUUGUAUGAACAGUAUUGUUAGUACUCUAAUAGUUUAGCUAUGUGUUUAUAAUAUAGCUUUUAUAGAUACAAAGUUUGAAAAAUUAAAUCAUGUGAUACACAUUUUUUUGAAGGUUCUUCUUUCAGUAUUGGUAGUCACUUUUGUGUUUGUGCACAUGUUUUUCAGACUUUCAUUAAUAAAAUGUUUAUUUUAUUAGUAUUUUAAAAUUUUGUUUUAUUUGUAUUCCAAAUGUUUGUUAACUCUCAAUAGUAUCUAUGUUAAAUCUUUUCUCUUUACACUACUGGUUUCAGAAACAAAAAUUGAAAUACAAAUGGCAAUAGAGUAGCACAUUUUUCCAUUACAGGUUUGUUAUUUGAUGUUUCAGUACAAAAUGAUAACUUAAUAUAGGCAUAAUUCCUUUUUUAAAAGUCAUGUCUUUCAGUUUUGAGGGAAAAGGUAUUGUGCAUAUAGACUCACAUCCUCAUGUAUUAUGUUCUGUAGCACUUUUAGUGUCUUAGUGUAAGUUAUGACAAUUAAAUCUGAAUAUUACCUUCUUAAA